AAAGUAAAAGCGAAUUCAUUUAGGUGUCGUAUCGACCAAAUUCUGCGAAAUCCUAUUUGUGGUGAGCUGUUGUUGAUAAGUUGUGAGUCGAAUUUGUACAUAUUGGAUGAGCGAACGUUCGAAGUGAAACGUGAAAUGGUUGGUUUCAAUGACGAAAUAUUCGAUUUGGAAUUCGUUGGUUCCAAAAGCGCGGAACAGAAAUAUAUGAUGGUGGCGGCGAAUAGUCCCGAGAUACGAAUGUAUAGCACUCAAACCUGGGAAUGCCAUCUUAUUUCCGGUCAUACUGAAAGUAUUUUGUCGGUCAUAAGUGCCCCGUGGGAUACGAGCGUAUUUGCGACGUCCUCAAAAGACAACUCGUUUAUUGUAUGGAAAUUAGACGAAGGCGACAGGAAGACACCAGUUCCACGAAAGAUUGCCUUAGCGACUGGCCAUACCAACAAUGUGACGGCGAUACGUUUUUCGAAUACGUCGAAAAAGCAUUUCAUCGUGUCUGUCUCAAAUGAUACAACUCUUAAGCUAUGGUCGCUAGCAGACGUUGGCACGUCGGAUUCUGAAUGUUUAAAACUGAGUGCGGCGUCAACGCUUGUGGCGCAUUCGAAAGAUGUGACUUGUGUGGACGUGAGUGCGAAUGAUCGUUUGUGUGUGACGGGUUCAAUGGACAAAACAGCGAAACUCUGGCAUAUUGACCGGGCGAAAAUGCAGCUGGGUAUUGCUGGAACGUUGAGUGGACAUCGGCGAGGUGUAUGGGAUGCUAAAUUCUCAUCCACCACUCAGGUAAUUGCAACAUGCAGCGGUGAUUGUAUGGUACGUGUGUUCUCGAUCGGUACGAAAGAGUGUUUGGCAACGUUGAGUGGUCACCCGUCAGCUGUCCUUAAGGCCAUUUUCUUGAAUAACGAUAAACAGUUGUUGUCGGCGGAUAGUGGAGGUUUGCUGAAAAUAUGGUCUUUGUCUGGGAAAGAUUGUGUGUCAACAGUCGAGGCGCAUGAUGACAAAAUUUGGACGGUUCUGGGUUAUGAGGAUGAAAGCCGAUUUGUUACUGCUGGGAGUGAUGGCCGUAUCCGAAUCUGGGAAGAUGUAACCGAGAAGAAACGAGAAGAGGAAGAGCUAAAGCGAACGCAGCAGAUUAAAGACGAGCAGAAACUGUCAAAUCUGAUCGAACAAGGCAGAUAUGCUGAAGCACUAUCCUUCUCACUCACAUUGUCGAGGCCCUACAACUGUUUGCAAGUAGUGAACGCUAUGUUGAAUCAAGAAGAUGAUAGCGAGUUGCGAAAGGCAAUAUGUGAUCUCCUUGAAGAGCAACUUGUGAUACUGCUUGAUUUCGCUUCUCAAUGGAACACGAAUAGUCGAACGUCAUCGGCGAGUCAGAAGGUGCUGAACGCAGUUCUACGAACGUUUACACCAGAGCGUUUGCUGAAAAUGCCAAACUUCGCAGCCGUUGUCGAGUCGUUCAUACCGUACACGAACAGGCACUUCGAACGUCUCACAAAAUCUCGUCAAAACGCAGCAUUUCUUCAUUACACAUGGUCACAAAUGAGGCUGUCAGAGGAGAAUUUCAUGCAGCGGACGUAA